UCAUGACCUGAGCCGAAACCAAGAGUUGGACACUCAACCAACUCAAAAAAUGAGAUGGAGAACCUGGUAUUUAUCUUCUAGCACCAUCCGCAGUUUCUACCUCAGAUUUCCAUGUUGCUCUUUAUUUGCAAGUUAACUUGCUGGAGCUUUGUCACUAAUACCCAGAAGCUGUGAGAUGAGCCUCAUGUGUGUGGCUUCUCCUUAUCAUACAGCUUCACUGGAAGACAACGGACAAAGGGGAAUUAAGACAUUGAAGGCUACUGACAAAAGCCUUUGUUACUUGGUUCCCUGCUGCAGAGAUAGAACUACAAUCUUGAUCAAGGGCCAUCAUCAUCAAAUACCGGGUAACGGUGGGCAAAGAUAAAGGUGAUGUCAUGGCGUCAGCUGGGCUCCAGCUCCUUGCUUUCAUCCUGGCCUUAUCUGGAGUCUCUGGAGUGCUCACAGCCACUCUGCUGCCUAACUGGAAGGUGAAUGUGGACUCGGGCUCCAACAUCAUAAUGGCCAUUGUGCAGCUGCAAGGGCUGUGGAUGGACUGCACAUGGUACAGCACCGGGAUGUUCAGCUGCACCCUGAAGUACUCCAUUCUGUCCCUCCCCAUCCACGUGCAGGCUGCACGGGCCACCAUGGUUCUGGCAUGUGUCCUGUCUGCUUUGGGGAUCUGCACUUCUACAGUAGGGAUGAAAUGCACUCGCUUAGGAGGGGACAGAGAAACAAAGAGUUAUGCUUCUUUUGCCGGAGGCAUCUGUUUCAUGUCUGCGGGGAUCUCUGGUUUGAUACCAACAGUGUGGUACACGAAGGAGAUCAUAGCAAACUUUCUGGAUCUGACAGUUCCAGAAAGCAACAAACAUGAACCUGGAGGAGCCGUCUAUAUUGGAUUCAUUUCGGCUGUAUUGCUGUUUAUCUCUGGCAUGAUUUUCUGCACUUCCUGCAUUGAAAAGAAUCCAGAAGCUUGGCUCUCUCAACCCAAGCAGCAGCAAAUCUCCACCACACAACCAGAGGGCAAUUCAGCAUACAACCUGAAAGAUUACGUGUAAAUAACUGUGUAAUGAGUAUGGAAUUUUCAGGUGCCUACUGUGACUUUUGUCUAUUUUGGAGAAAAAAUAUAAAUGGGGUCACUUAAAAUGCCGACAAACUAUUGUGUACAAUUAUAUAUCUGUUUUAAGAUUAUUUUUCCAUUACUAUUUUCAUGUUUUAUCUAGAGGUUUAUAAUUGAGAGAGGUUCUGUUAUAUUAAGGCAAUUAAUUGAUGGCUUUUUUUUUUUCCCUUUUAAGAUAAACUGUUGAUAUAUCUUCUGGGUUGUUACUUAAUUGGAUUUUAUAAAAGAACUAAAUUGCCAAGUAUACAAAGCAUCUUUCUCUGGUGUUGAUCUAGGGUUUCACCUGCUUUUGCUAUCUGUCUGCGACACCACAGUGGCUUGCUUAUGUUUUCAAGCCCCACUGUUUGAACCUAAGGGAAAGAAGAGAUGUCCACCUCUCUUUGAUGUUGCCCAAACCAGCCUCCCCAAGUUCCUACCUACUAUGACUUCCCUGCUUCUUUUUUCAUUUUAGAAACAUCUAUGCACACAUAUGAGAGCCAACAAUAUGAUAUUCAAAGAUUAGGUAGGCAGAACAAAAGAAAAGAAAUUGGUAAAUGCUACCACAGCAAAGCAAAACCAAACCAAACUAAAUGCACACCGAAAUCUCCGGGACUUGAAAGCCUUAGGUACAAAAUAAGUGAGAAUAAAAACAGUUUGCUUUAGAGUGCUCAAGAGGUGCCAUCUUCUGCGGCUAGCAAGAGGAUGCUCCAGAUUAAGUUCGUUUAUCCUACAACAACUCAGGUCCCUCCACUGCCCUCUCCUUUACCCUCUCAUUGAUUACUAGCUGGAUGAUGAAAGUUCCUUUUAAGUUGUCAUUUUUGUUCUCAAGUUUGAUUCAUGUUAAACAUUGCUGUUCUCUUAUAAAUGAACUGCUUCAGUUAGUUAAUAGAAAGACAAGGUAUGUUUUUAAAAAUUAAGUUAAAUUAUGAUAUGUAAUUCAAAUAUCUUAAGAAAAUAAAAACUGGAUUUUCUAACAUGUAAAGGGGACAUUGCACAUUGUUUCUAAUAAUUCAUGUAAUUUAAACUUAGUCAUUGCUCACCAUAUAAUGGUAAAGGGGGAAAAGGACUAUUUCUUUGUACAAUAACUCGGGAAGUGGGAAGAAUAUCUUUUAUGUGAGUACAUAUUUUUCAUUUGUGCCUAUAGAAGUAGAGACUAAAGUACUUUAUACUUAGUUUACUCAUUCUCUUCUGCAACAAUGUCAUUAGCUAUUAACAGAAUAGCUAAAAUGAAAAGGUACUAUUUCAUAUGGGAAUAAGGAAAAGACUUAUUUAAACAGAAGUUUAAAUGAUUGUUUAUAAAGUAUGGAUUCCUGGGACGCCUGGGUGGCUCAGUCAGUUAAGCGUCUGCCUUUG